CAUUAAUUUGCCUCCUUGACAACAGAUAAACUAACAUCGGUCUGUGUUGGUUGCAAGUGUUGUAUAGUGGGGGAAUAAACAGUUUACAACUUAGACUUCAGACGGUAAACUGACAACAUGGCACUGCCAUUUCUUCCAGGAAACUCUUUUAACAAAAAUCUUGGUAAAUCAAAAUACCACCUGUCCCAUCACUUUGAUACUAAAAAUGAUGUGACUAUGAUGGUUGGGGAGGAGAGGCCAGGAAUUGGUGGUGAACUCCUCAGAGGACAAAAGGUCAAACCAAGGAGCAGUGUGUUCCCAAGAGGAAAUGGUUCCAAUUUACCAGCCUGGGUAGCAUUUGAUAGACAGGUCAUGUGCUUUGAUGCUUUUUUCCAAGAAGCUGUGCAUGAGAAGCGUGAAGAACAAUUCAGAGUUAGAAACUGUAAAAUCUACUUCUACCUUGAAGAUGAUUCUAUCCAGGUCAUUGAACCAAGAACAAAGAACAGUCAAAUUCCACAAGGAACACUCAUCCGAAGACACAGGGUACCCAAACCACCACCAAAUGAUGAUGAAUUUUACACCAUUGAGGACUUUAAUGUAGGAAAGGAAAUUAGCCUCUAUUCUAAAGUAUUCAAAAUCACGAAUUGUGAUGAAUUUACAAGAAAUUUCCUGAGAAAACUUGGUGUAAAAGUGAAUGUUCCAGAUGAAAAUCCAGCAGAUCCAUACACAAAGUACAGAAAAUCUAUGGAUGAAAGCAUGCAAGCUCUAAGACCAUACGAGAAACAUGACACUCUCAAACAAUUCCUCGACCAUGAUAGACAGGUUCUACGUUUCUUCUGUUACUGGGACGACACCGAUUCCAUGUUUGGUGAUCCACGAGAAAUGAUCCUACAUUACUUCUUGGCUGAUGAUACAAUUGAAAUAAGGGAGGUAAUCUCACCAAAUUCUGGUAGAGAUGCUGCACCAAUGUUUCUCAAACGAGGAAAAUUACCUAAGAAUAUUGAAACUCUCAGACAACCUGGAGAAGUUACAGACAGAACAGUACUUAAUGUAUUUGGGCCAACUGGUCAUGGAGGAAGAUAUAUUCUGGACAGUCUGAAGACUGGAGCAGUUCGCACAGAUUUCUAUAAGGACAGUGAUCUAACAUUAGGCUCUGUGUUGAAUGUCUGGGGAAGGAAGUACGUUAUAUGUGAUUUAGAUGACUUCACAAAAGAAUAUUACAGAACCAAAUUUGGCAUUGAGGACUUCAAUACCGUUAGUUAUAAGAAGGGAGGAUAUGGAGGCGUCGAACGACAGUGGCCACCAUACAAUGGAUGGGGAAGUGAAGAAGAUUCAUUAUGUUCAUGUAUGGGUCUGCUGCCUAAACCUCCAAAACGAGACUUCAUCAAAUUCAUGGAGAAAGAUCGUCGUGGUUUAGACAGCAACGUUCUUAGAUUCUUGGCUAGAAUGGACACCUCCAAGCCAAUUGAUCAAGAUAGAAGAUUUAUCAUAUCUUAUUUCUUGUCAGAUGAUACCAUUCUUGUCUUUGAACCACCAGUGAGGAACUCAGGUAUAAUUGGUGGAAAGUUCCUGGAAAGGUCUAGAGUGAAGAAGCCAGAACAGCCCUUAUACAGUACACAAAUGUCAGAAUACUAUCUUAGCUCUGACUUGUACGUUGGCUCUAGAGUUAUUUUCAAUAGCCAUGUAUUUUUACUCAUUGAUGCUGAUGAAUAUGCAUUUAGAUAUAUGGAAGAAUGUCCUCAAGAGUUUCCAAAAGCAAAUAUAGAAUCAAUAAUUAACAGAUUACGAGGCUCUGUAGGAAAGAAUAAAGAUGAAGUGAAAUCUUUCUUCAUGAGGAAUGACCCAGGGGGUUCUGGAGUUCUAGGCUAUGACCAAUUUGUAUCACUGUUGAAACAGGUAGAUUCAUCAUUAACUGAUCAGGAGAUCAUGACACUAGCCCGAUUCUACAGUGAGCGACCAUCCGAAGAUGCAAUUGAUUCUAGGAAAUUAUUUGCAAUUAUACAAGAACAAUUAAGGAAGAGAAACUAUGAAGGUUUUUCAAAACUGGUUGAAGACUGCCAACAACAUGACCAGGGAAAACAAGGUUUCCUGGAUCCUGAAACAGUAAGAACUGUUUUGCAUGCCCACCAUGUACCACUGCCAGAUGACUUAUUGAGAGCAGGAAUUGCUAUGACACCAGCUAAUGAACGUGGUGAAGUGCAGUAUGCAGCUCUCAUCAAUCAAAUGAACUGGCGUGAUGCACCAGUUCCACCAAUGCAAUACCAGCCAAUCGUUGAUGAUUCUCAGUGGCAAGGAACCAAUCAGAGCAACAAAAUAUCUGUAUCCAGAAUCUGUUACAAUGUGCUACUAGAAGACUUUUUCGGAAAAUCAUCAUAAAAUAUGAGACUUUUUAAAUACCAAUUUUAAAAUUUGAAGUAUCUGUGAUAUGUGUUUUUAAGUUUUGUUGAUUAUCAUUAAGAAAUUGAAAAAUGACCAAACAGAAAAACAGUUUAAUAAUCAACAAACAUGAUAAAAUUACAACAAUAAAUAAUGACUAGACAUGUGGUCUAAUAACAAAGUGAAUUUGUACAAAGUAUAUGAGAACUAUUUAUAAAAGAUAUAAUGUAUA